AUGGCGAACGCAAACUCGUACCCAAACCCUGGCUACGAAGUUAUGGCGAACGACACAAAUCCAGGGGGUCUGAGGGCAUCAUCUCCCAGGAAACUUAAAUAUCGAAGCUCUAGAGUUUUUGCUGUUCUGGGAAAGGUUUUUCAACAAAGUCAUUGGGCGGGAAAAUUUGAGCCAGUCAGAACGGCGAAUGCUCAUUCUUUAACCAAUCAAAACUGCCGAAAAAGCUCUUCGCAUUCUGAAAUACAGGUCGGGAUACUUCAA